AUGCCGGAGCAGAUCGAUAUGUACUAUACAGUGAUGGCUCUCUACAAAGUGAUCUGUGUGGCAACUCUGCUGACUCUACUGAUACAAGUGUGCGGUCGUCCUCCGCUCAACACCAGGAUUGUUGGAGGACAGGUGGCACCUGAAGGCAGCUGGCCCUGGCAGGCCAGUCUGCAAAGUUCUGGAUUUCACUUCUGUGGAGGAUCCCUCAUUAACAAAGAAUGGGUGCUGACGGCUGCUCACUGCUUCCCAAGCACCAGCACAGCGGGUUUGGCUGUGCUCCUCGGUCUCCAGACUCAAGAGGGGUCCAACCUCAAUGCGGUGUCUCGGACAGUCUCUCAGAUCAUCAAUCAUCCCAACUACAACAAUGUCACUAGUGACAACGACAUCUCCCUCCUGAGGCUAUCCUCAACAGUUACUUUCAACAACUUUAUUCUGCCAGUGUGCCUGGCAGCCUCAGACAGCACUUUCGAUGCCGGCGUUAACACCUGGAUCACUGGCUGGGGCACCAUCGGAUUUGGAGUUCCUCUUCCUUCCCCACAAAACCUAAUGGAGGUGGAGGUUCCUGUUGUUGGGAACAGACAGUGUAACAUUGACUAUAGCGGCAUAGUCACAAUCACAGACAACAUGAUCUGCGCUGGGUUACGUGAAGGAGGGAAGGACUCCUGUCAGGGGGACUCAGGUGGUCCGAUGGUGUCAAAGACAGGAAGUGUCUGGGUCCAGGCUGGAGUCGUGAGCUUUGGUGCAGGUUGUGCGCAGCCUAAUUUCCCAGGAGUCUACAGCAGAGUGUCCAGGUAUCAGUCCUGGAUCAACAGCCAAAUCACCAGCGACCAGCCAGGCUUCAUCACCUUCACGUCCAAUGACCUCACUGAGGCUGUGGUCUGCGGUAGCGCCCCGUUGAAUUCACGUAUUUUGGGAGGAAGCUCGGUGGCGACUGCUGGUGUGUGGCCGUGGAUGGCGAGCCUUCAGAAGAAUGGAAGUCAUGUGUGUGGUGGGACUCUAGUGGCUGUGGACUCAGUGCUGAGCAACGCCAACUGCUUCUCAAGUUCACCUACAGCAUCUGAAUGGACUGUGGUCUUGGGUCGUUUGAACCAGAAUGGAUCCAACCCCUUUGAGGUGACACUGAACGUGACAAAUAUCACCCUAAGCAACCUGACUGGGUCUAAUGUAGCAGUGCUGCGUCUGGCAGCCCGGCCCACCCUGUCCAACUACAUCCAGCCCAUCUGCCUGGACAACGGACAGACCUUCACUUUGGGCUCCACAUGCUGGGCUGCUGGCUGGAGCUCUGGGCAAGGAGGGGUGGAACAAGUUCUGCAGGAGAUCCAGACCACAGUGGUAAACUGUGGGAACGCAUCAACCAGUGACAACAUUUGUACUGGAUCUUUUACACUGGAACAGGAUGAUUCUGGGGGUCCGAUGAUGUGUCAGAUAGACGGCUCUUGGUUCCAGGCAGCUGUGUUGUCAGGCAACAGCACCACCACCAAUCAAACACGAGCAGAUCCGGUGAUGGUCUUCACCAAACUGAGCCGCUAUCAGAGCUUCCUGGCUCAGACUGUGGGAGCAUUCUUAUCUCCAGCCUCCACCAACAGCACCGCACCUAACAGCACUGUGUCCACCACCCAGACCACCACGACCACCAGCGGGGGCUCACUUGCUCACCCCUUCUUCUUCUUCUUCCCUCUCCUCGUCUUCUCUGUGUUCCUCCACCUCUAAAUAGGUUUACAUGAUGUGACGGGCACAAAUGAAUGUAAACAACCAUGAGAGACAAUAUAGGCUUAAAGCUGCAUUAACUAAUCCAUGACUCUAUUCUGUCUUUAUUGGUGACCACUAGGAACAGAGAAGUGAAGUGUGCUGGGUUACAUCAGAGUGGUCUUUUACUUAAAGUCUCCUCCACUCAAAAAUCAGGUUUUUUUGUUGUUCCU